AUGUUCCACCUCCAACAGUUCUUCCAUAGCCUGGUCGGCCGUGCACCAGGUAGCCAAGUAUCUCCUGUUCAAUCCGUUGAUACAGAGGACUUUAAUGGUAUUCCUAACAUCAAACCAAGUGAUCUCCAAAGGCAAACCAGCUACCCGACCGCUACGGGUGGUCUUGGAGAUGUUUACAAGUGUACAUGGAACCGCGGCGCAAGUUCGGAUGAGGUGGCGAUCAAAUCCCCACGAUUCCAAAGUCUGAGUGAUCCUGAAAUUGCCAAAAUCAACAAGAACCUUGAGCGCGAGAUCCGUAUAUGGGCUGCGAUGAAGCAUCGAUACGUAUUGCCCCUGCAUGGCACUGUAGUCGAAGAAUUCGGCCCAUUUCGCGCGUUGGUUUCCCCCUGGAUGCCGAAUGGGACUUUGAACUCUUACCUAAAUCGUGCACAUGAGACCCUCUCAAUGAUGGAUAGACUUCAGCUGCUCAAACAAAUUACCGAGGGGCUCAAGUAUCUUCACGACCACGACGUGAUACAUGGUGACCUUACCGACGGCAAUGUUCUGGUUGCUGCCGAUGGAUCCCCUCGUCUUGCAGAUUUCGGUAUCUCCAAUAUCAUGGUACAAUCCAACCCUACAUUUUCCUACCAUAACGGUGCAGUACGCUGGGUCGCCCCGGAGCUCUUUGUUCCCCCAGAAGAUCAGCCUAUACAAUGCGCAACAAAAUCUACCGACGUAUACGCUCUCGGCGGUAUCAUGCUUCAGGUCCUAUAUGGGAAACAGCCGUACUGGUGGUUGAAGUCUGCUAUACACGUUACUUCUGCUAAGUUCAAAGGCACAGAGCCCAUCGACUCCUCCAUCGAUAUCCAAUCUGAUCACCUGAAUUUCAUGCGGCGGUGCUGGUCAACGGAGAGCAAGCUUCGUCCAUCAGUAGAAGAGGUGAUAAACUAUCUUCAAGAAGAGAUGUCGAAUGAGAAUUUGUCUUUAUAA